AUGACCGCAUAUCUAAUGCGGAAGCUGCCUCUGGGUUGGACGACCAGCCCGGGCACCGGAUCAUUCGGCACCAGCAUUUUCGCUAAUCCUCAUUUUGUUUUUCCAACUGGCCAUGCUCUCACCGGCUCAGACGGAAUCGUGUGUCCAGAGAGUUCGGACCAAAUGAUGUUUGGUAGGAGGCCGUCAGGCCAGGGGGCGGCGGCGAGUUGGAAGGCCGGAUUAAAGACCCGAAACUGGAACAAGCCUUGUUCGCACAAUCUCGAUCGACACGUCUCUUCAGCCCUCAAGACUACGGACACACCCUCAAGCUGUGCUCAGACUGCGGGCCUAGCAGGUCGAGAUUAUCCCAUUGAACCUGGACUGGGCAAGCAAUUCGGCCGAAAUGCAUCGGAAGUCCUAUGCCCCGGGGGCCACGAGACGAUCUCCUUUAAAACGGGGCCGCUUCCGGGUGUUCGGUGGAAUCCGUUACAUGCCAGCUACGCAUUUUCUUCUACCACUCGGUUGCCUAGCAAGGGCGUAGCUUCGAGUAUAUCCGGACGAACAGGAGGUAUCCUAAAGCGUGUUGAAAAUCGCAAUCUGACCCUUUCUACGAUGGGCUCUAUCGGUGAAAACGUGUCCAUCUUAGGCGAUACCCUUCGACUGUUUGCACACACGGACAGACAUAGACAUGAAACUAAUGCGCCACAUCCAUGCAGUUGUAGAAACACAUGUAGCUACAAUUUACAUCAAGUCGGCCUGGCAACUGGAGAAGAGAUGUUAUAUUCGUUUAUCUCGUCGCUUUGUACGAGGACAUGGCAACCAACUCAUGUCAGUAUUCCAGCUCUACUCGCGUCCGCAUCACUGACACACUCUUCAAGCUCCGCUACGCCUGGCCAAUUGUCCUCUGACCCACCCAGAGAGAGAACUAUUUGUUGUUCCGGAUUGGUGGAGUUGGCGUACAAUCUUCUAGGAUUGUAUGAUGCCAGGUCCGGCAGUGGCUCAGUCCCCAGCCUCUGA